UUCACUGAGCUGAAGCAGAAGCAGCCUCUCCACUCAAACUCUCGUAUUUCGCUUUAAACCGUGACUUUAAUGUGCGUGCUUCCUCUUGUUCACUCGCGUGGACCACAGAGACUCAACUCAGCGACUUAGCGUUUGUCUCCAUCAGCGCUUUGGUCAAAGUAACAAGGAAACAAACUUCCAGCUGAAAUCUGGGAAGAGCCAAUGGGGCUCAGAUUGUAUGGAUGCAGAUGAGGCACGAUGCUAGUUAGCCAACUAGCUACCAAGGACAUGUUGAGCAUCAACAAAAUAUCUUACCUCUGAAGAACAGCUACAGGAAGUGGAUCUACUGAUAUGGAAGUCAAUGGAGAGAUCAGUGACACCGACAGUGGCAUCAUUCUUCAUUCAGGCUCCGACAGCCCAACGACGCAUACGAAGGAUGUGACCACACACACACGGGCCAUGAAGCUCAAACACCAGGCUCUCCAGGACCGACUGGAGCUGUGCAUAUUGGAGCUGAAGAAACUCUGCAUCCGUGAAGCUGAGUUGACCGGACGGCUGUCAGAUGAUUACCCUCUACUGCCUGGAGAGAAACGUCCAAAGAUUCGCAGACGCAUCGGAGCUGCUUUUAAAUUGGAUGCUCAAAGCAUCCCCCGGGGAACAGAGAAGUCUGAGCUGAUUUUAGUAGAUGCUGAGUUGGCACUUCAGAUGAAAAUAUACGAGGCGGCGCGAAAGCUGUUUGACGAGGAUCACCUGAGUAAGGCUGUUAAAAAGAGCCGUUCACAGCAGUGCAAGAGAGAAGAAAAGAAACUUAAACGCCUCCAAGAUACGUCCUUUCAGCUGCGGCUGAAGCACGGCCGAUCCUCGCCACUCCCUGCUUUCAACAUUUCACAACAAGAUUUGGGUACAUCCGAUGACAGCUCCCUGUCUGAUUCUGUGGUGCAAGAUGAAGAAGUGACAAGCCAGUCAUCACAGCCGUCUUCAGGAUUCCCCUAUCCAGCAGAGACGGAUCCUCCCCAGCCUCCCACCGUGCCCUCACAGUUCUGUGUGGACGGCCCCUGUGCGUCUCCAUCUUUGGAUCAACAAUCCCAGCUGCUGCUGACACCAAAUCAGUCUCCCCACCCGAGCUUUGACUCUUCGCUGAGUUUCAACUCGAGCCCAGUGUACGACGCUCCUCCCAUCCAACACUCCCCAUGGACAGAGUCCAGCUUGGACCAGCCCUACCAGAAGAGCAGGAAGUCUCGCUCUUCCAUCAAGACCAGUAGUCCAGCCAAGUCUGAGCUGCUGCCACCGUUGGAGGCUUGUUUAGCACAUUCAGCUCUGCCGCUUCAACUCUCCCAUCUGAAGCUGAGCCGCGCCCAGUCCAGCAGCGUGCCCUCCACACCAGAGAUGCGUGUGCACAGACAACUCUCCCUCAGGUUGUCCAAUGAAUCUUCAUUUGAAAAGGACCGUGGUCGCACCAGAGGACCAAGAAGGCGACUGACAGAUUAUGCAGUAACCUUUCCAGAGACUCCUCUCUCCGCAGUGGCCUACGGAAGCCAUGCUAGCUCUGAGGAUAGCAACUCCGAACACUCGUUUACAUCUUACAAUAGCUCCCCGCAUCAGGAGGUGCCCUGUGAUUUGCCCAAACACUAUCAAUCUGCAUUCCCAGGCUCCAGUGGGGUUGGCAGCUUUGGACCUCAAUCUUUCUCACGCAGUGCCUUUUACAAUAAUUCCAGGCACCAGCCCAGCCCUAUUAUUCAUAAAAGCUAUUACAACGAAAUGGUUUACUCGCCUGAUACAGACAUGGCACGGAGCUAUUACGCCCCACAGACUUCCUGUCCUUCCAACAGAUAUGAGGUUUGGUAUAAAGACUCACCCCCUCAGCCCCACCAGAGACAACAGAGGCCUUUACCUCCUGAUAUCAGACUCUCCCCAUCCCCAGCUCAAUGGAACCACCCACAUUACAGCCCCAGUGGUGUCCCACGACAAGUUGUGAAUGAACAGCUCAAUUCGUGGCAUCGGCGCAGUCAGCAGAAAUCCCCCAAGUCCCGUUCUCUCGACCGCCAGGGAGCGGUUAGAGUGAAAAACAUGCAGGUGCAGGAGUCACCAUGCUACCAAAGUCAAAGGUACCAUGAACAGAUGAUCCAAAGACGGGCUCCCCAAAGAGGUGCAGAUGGCACUCAAGGCCACUGGGUUGUAGAUGAUGGAUCUCACUUCAUAAGUCAAGUUUAAACUUGGACGAUAAAGUGAACAUGUUCACUUAAAGGCUGCAAAUGGAUCAUUUCCCAAUAAACCAAAGCAAAGUACCGAGAAAAUCCCCUUGGAUUAACUGUCAAUGCCCAUAAAGAAUUAUUUUUGUACAUGAAACCUGACAUCAUCCCUUUUACCUGCCAGCCUGGAUUUGGGGUACAGCCUCCAAAGUUAAUAAAAACACCACUCUGAUACACUCCUCUGAUUUGCAGCACAACUGUAAGGUGGGUGUUGUUUUUAUCCACUCUCUUUACAUUGUUGUGUAAUAACAGUUGAAAGAAAUUAAGUAUUUAACUCUAAAUGGUUGUUAAUUGUUAUAAAUUGAAAAGGGGAUAAAUGUUCUUAUUACUGAGGGAUGUUUUAAUUUUUGUGUGAAAGUCCAGUGUCAAGACUGACACAGUAAAGCAGCUGAAUAAUUAACAGAAGUCGGAGUUUCUGUCUUUAUCAAAUACAGGGUUUCAUUCAAAUGUAAAACAGACAAUGAAAUCAAAUUAUAUUUUGCAGCGGACUAGUUGGAAAAAGCACAAACUCUAACACAGAAAUAGACACUAAAUCUGCUCAUUGUAGUUAGAUCAAGAGAAAUGUGAAUUAACUUUUCAUUUAGCCCAUAGUUUAGGUUAAUCUCAGAUUAAUUAUUAUUUCUUUCAAAAUGUCAAAUGUGAAGAGGUCAGGUAAACUGCUCUUUACUUAACUUGAUUAACACACUGCCAAAUACUGCCAAGUGUAGGUUGAGCUUUUUGCAGUUAGUUUGGGAAUAAAUUGCUCCUUUUGUCUUAUGAAGGAAAUAAAUCCAUUGAACAAUCAUUUAAAUGAGCAGCUUAUCCCCUUUUAAUAAGUACAUGUUGUUUGUAAUGUUACCUUGAUUUAGUCACUAUGUUAAUGAACUUGAGCUGCUUAAAUUUAAUUCUUUGUGAGUCUUGUUUUUAAACUUGCACGUGUCUGUGGCUGUGCCGGUUAACUUGAAUUUCUAACUGAUUUAAUCAACUAGUUGAAACUAGAUAUUAAUCCACUCACCUGAGAUAGAAAGUAGCAAGUUAAGACAAAAGCAAUGUCUUGAUGCUUGGCAGCUAAUAAUGUGUCAAAUAUGAAUUUUAAUGUCCUGAGCAUUUACUGUAUAUUUUUCAGUGUCUUAUACAUAAUUUAAGACUGCAGUUCACUUUACACUAACAUUUUUUAGUGGCACCAAAUUUAACUCCAGGGUGAACAGUGCCACUAUGUUUCUAUUUCCUCUUUACCAAGGUCAUUUAAGAAUUAGAGAUAAUUAUAAUACAUUCAACUCCAGCUAAACACUGACUGGUCUCGCUUGAUGAUCUCUUUAUGUGUUUAUUUAUUGUGAUUUGCACCAUUGGACUCAUGGACAGUCAGACUUGAAAUUUGACCAGAAUUUGUAAUAUUUAGCAGCAGAAAACACUGUCAAGUUAUAUAUGAAAAAAAUGUAAUCACAAUCAUGUUACCGUGUGUGCUGUGUGCCUCUUUUUUAUACUGUCUUUUUACUGUAUUUAUCAGUUAACAGUAGUUUAAGUGGAUUUAAUAAUGUGUAAUGUUGCUGUGAAAAUACUUUUCCUGUGGAAGUAAAUAAAGAGUUAUCUUGUU